UCACGACGCCGGAGCAGCCGGAGCCGCAAAGCCCCAUCCACAGGGCUUUCCAAACACCGUGUCUGCUUCACGCUCCGACUAUAUCCUCCUACCGACUCUCUGCAGAGAUUAAUUAACGCGCUGCAGCCCACGGUGGUCGAGGGAACCGGCAGGAACCGUAAAGACGAGGAGGACGACGGCGGCGGCAUCGAUCAUAAUGACGACUGAAUAAAUCAGUUUAUAGGAUCCUGGCUUGCGGGUCAAAGAGUUUAACCCGUCGUCUGCCGCCGGGGAAGGUCGUCGGUGAACGGUGAAACGGUGCGGCAUCUCAGUGAAAUGCGCCUGGACACGGUCGGGGGCCGUUUCUUUGUCGUUUCUUUCAAUGUGGCCGGUGCAGCCGCGUUGAUGCAGCAGCAGAAACCGCAUCACUCAAGACAAAAGGUGAAAUAAACACCAAAAACCACAGCGAAUCCGCCUGGGCUUCUCAAGUGUUCCUGUGAAGAAUCAGGUCAUAGAGCUAAGAGACAGCUACCAGGCAGCUGUAUUGGGAUGGCGGCCGUUGUGAACUAUUCUCCGCCAUGGUGGGUGAAUCUGCUCCACCGUUUGCCUCAUUUCAACAUUGAAUUUCAAACGGUGAGCAGUGACUUCAGACCAGAGGACUCAGAAUAUCAGAAGUCUGUUUUGCUCAUCGGUUCUGUGGCAUUGGUGUGCUUGUGCCUGGACCUCCUUUUCCUCCUCUUCUACUCCUUCUGGCUUUGCUGCCGAAGACGAAAGAAUGAUGACUCCUCCCACUCACAUUCACACGCCCAGCAGCCCAGCGCUGACUGUUGCUGCACCGCUUGGUGCGUCAUCAUCGCAACGCUCGUCUGCAGUGCUGGUAUCGCUGUAGGAUUCUAUGGAAACGGGGAGUCGAGUGAUGGAGCCAGUCGUUUGGCAUACUCCCUCCGUCAUGCUAACCGCACCGUAUCCGGGGUGGAGAAACUGGUGUCAGACAACGCCCUAGCCUUAAACCAGACGGUGGAAGAAAACUUAUACCAAUUAGAGACAGCCUUCCAGGAUCAGACGGACUAUGUGUCCAUCGUCCAAAAGCUGCAGGGACAGCUGGACGAGCUGGUGAAGCUGAUGGCCGACAUCCCUUUCUGGUCCAACACUGAAGUUUCCCUGGAGGACUUGGCUCGAAAAACAGAGGCCUUUGACUUUUACAGGUGGAUGGGGUACCUUGGGUUGCUGCUGUUUGACGUACUCAUUUGUCUUCUGGUGCUAUUUGGUCUCAUACGCAACUCUAGAAGCACUCUGAUUGGAGUAUGUCUGCUCGGCGUUCUGACUUUGAUAAUCAGCUGGGGGUCUCUGGGCCUGGAAUUGGCUGUUGCUGCUUCAGCCAGCGACUUCUGCGUUUCCCCGGAUACCUACAUCACCAGGGUAACCAAAGAAAAUGCUGUCAUCAACCAAGAUAUCCUGCAGUAUUACCUAAAGUGCAGCUCUGGACAAAUUAACCCCUUCCAGCAGAGGCUGUCAGGGAGUCACAAAGCAUUGGUGGAGAUGCAGGAUGAUGUGGCAGAGCUACUGAGAUCAGCAACACGUGAUUAUCCCAACACCAAGGGGAGACUGGAGCAAAUCCAGUCUGUGUUGAAUUCCACCGAGGUUGGUCUUCACCAACUGACUGCUUUGGUUGACUGUCGUAGUCUGCACAUGGACUACGUCCAAGCACUGACCGGGCUGUGUUAUGAUGGGGUGGAGGGUAUCAUAUACCUUGUGCUCUUCUCCUUUGUCACUGCUCUGAUGUUCUCCUCAAUUGUGUGCAGCGUGCCUCAUACCUGGCCUGGCAAGAGGACGGAUGAGGAAGACGGAGAGGACGAGUCGGGCGCCUCACGUGGCGGUGUGCACGAUAACCUGUACCGCGUUCACAUGCCCAGUCUCUACAGCUGUGGCUCCAGCUACGGUAGCGAAGCUAGCCUGCCCGCUACAGCCCACACUGUCAGCAAUGCCCCGGUCACUGAAUACAUGAGCCAGAACGCAAACUUUCAGAACCCUCGGUGUGAGAACACCCCCUUGAUUGGCAGGGAGUCCCCUCCACCCUCUUACACCUCCAGUAUGAGAGCAAAAUACCUCGCAACCAACCGACCAGACCAGAACCGACGCUCCGUUCCCAAUGACCAACUGGAUCCCGCCAGCCGGCCUCACCCCGCCGCCCGACCACAGUCCUCAGUCCAUUAGAGACCAGUCGCACCCAGUACUGCCUCAGCCCAGUUCUCACAGCCAAAAGGAAGCCCCAACACAGCACUCAUGCCAGAGCUCAGCCACUGCUGGCUGGAUUUAAGCACCAACAGGACCCCAGUCUGCCAUGGUCCACUGAAUUUUAUCCUGAGUUCACCAGUAACAUGACAAGUUGUAAAUCAACAAAAAAAAAAAAAUGAUGGUACUUCACAGACCAACUUCCCAUCUACAGUUAUCACUACAGGAAAAAAAAAUCAUAGAAAGGUCAAUAUUUCUUCUUUUCUUCAUGGAUAAACACUCGGCUCCUCAUUGCAACACCGCUGCGAUGGAGCUGCUCACGUAAAGCGCCUUGAUACAGUAUCUUUUUCUCUGCUACCUUUGAAACAUCUCCCUCUUCACUGGUAUCUGUGCGCUGCUGUCCUGUGGAGGCACCUCGGCCGCUCUCAGCACCUCCGGACACAUUUACAUUCAGAGCACACACACACAAGCACACACCUGCCCUGUACAGAGCUGUAAAUAGUCAACAUGGGCUUUGUUCUAAUUUCAUUAAAAGUAGACUGUUGAAUCCUUACUGGUUACGUGAUGUGCUGCGUGUUUACCACAGAAAUUCUUUGCUGCAUCUCUCACACAAACUGGUGGAUAAACUAACUGGAUACUCAUGCGUAAAGAUAAUAAGCCAGUGAAUCAGAAAGCCAUGUUUAGAUAGAAACUGAACUGUGCCACCCCAUUCACAUUCCCUCUUUAACUUAACAUUACCGUAAGACUUGAAAAGUGAGCUCAAAAAAAAAAAAGUGUGUGUUCAUGUGUCCCUUUCCUUACUUAUUUACGUGCACAUACAGACAUUGACUAAUGCAUUUUUGAAUAUGAGCCGGGAAUUUUGGAGAUGGAGUCAGAGACAAUGGACAUAAGAAGGCUCGACAUUGUGCCAAAAAACUGAAAACUGAAAGGAAGGAUGCCUGAUUCUGUUCUCAUCUCCCACUGCCUCCUCCAGAUAUCUCAGAAAAGGGGAAAUAAAACUCACAUGGAACAUUUUCCCUCCAACUGUCUAUGAGGGAGCAGGAAAGUCUUGAAAAGGAAGCAAUGGAUGGAUAAUUGCCACUUAACAUUUGUCAGGUGCUAUGUAAAGCUGUUCAAGUCUCUGAAGAGGAUCAGGACUAAGGGACAAAAGGGAAAAAACAUAUUUCCUUUUUUACUCAAUGGAAAUGGUGUCAUAAACCUGGAAAAAAAGGAUGUUACAUAAAAGUAUUGUUUUUGUUUCCAGCUUAAGUUAACAUCCAUGAUUUGAUACUGUGACCAAUACUAUUCAGUUCCUCCUUCUUUCUCUUCCUCGUCCUGCAUUUUCCCUCUUUUGCUUUUAUUUUCUCAGCAGGUUACCUUGGAUGGCAGUGUCAACAGUGAUGUUUGGUCCAUGUUUUAUUUUACACACAAGCACAAUUUCUGUUUAAAGAUGACUUUAUGAGAUGGAGAAGUAAAACUCACUGCCUGGGACACUGCCAGUGGCUUUUCCUCCCACUCUCAAACUCUUGUGUACAGUGUAUAAAGACAGUAUUCGUGAACCAGUGUGUGCAACAUCACUGCAGCGCCAUCGGGUGUCGGUCUAACUCAGUGUUAACUUGGUGCGAGUACAGUUGAUCAGUGUGUCUGACCCCAGUCACGUCCACAUCGCCGCUGCAAACACAGUAACGCACACGAACACGGUAAACGUACUCUCACGUGUUUAAUAGGCACACUCGCUGAAGCAUCAUUUAAACGUCCAUCUUUCCGUGUUUUUGUCCUGUUUACAUUCACAUCUAGAGCCGUAGUAACCGCACACCCUCCUCCCACACCCAUUUGCAUCGUGGGUGAUGUAGUAGGUAGCGACUGCAUUUCACAGAAAAACCAGAACCCCGUAGUUAGCCGAGUGACAAGAGCCCUAACCUUCAAUUACUGUCCGACCACCGUUCCUGUACAGGAUUUUAAUAUUGUAUGAUUAAUCAAUGACCACUUCUCGUAUUAGCGAGACAAUCUUACAUGUGUGACUUUACUAGGAAGGAAAAUGUCCAUGUUAUGGUAACAAUGCUACCUAUGGUCUAGUACUUUAUAGUGUUCUCUUGCACCAUUGAUGCAAACAAUGUUAAAAUGUGUGGGACUAGUCACUGAUUAGUGGCCUUUCAUAAUGUUUUUAUGCUCUUGAAACACUUCAUAUCCCAACAUGUCUUUUUUUAUUAUUAUUUUACUCUGUCUUGUAAAAACAAAUCUGAUUUUAAAAUAAUAGCUAGCUGUUUUGUAGGAGAAUAAAAGCAAGAGCUUUUAUGUCUCUCCCAUUAAUGGUGAAUGACUCUGUCUUGCAAUGUUUUAAUAAGACUAUUCCAGUGUAACCCGCACAUCUGACUUCAGGCCGUAUUUGAAGUUCUGUGAAAUGUUUUCUGGUCUGACCAGUCUAGUAAAUCAUGACUUGAUUCUGAAAAAAAGUCAGAAAGGUGAGAGUGUGCAUGCAUGAGUGUGUGAGUGUGAGUGUGAAUGUAAUGCUUACAGGACUUUAAAUACACCUGUGUCCAGAUGUGACAAUGUUUUCUAUGGCUGUUUUUAUUUUCUGAUGUUUUAACUGAUAUUAAUGAUAUACAUGUCAAAACUGUGGUAAUGAUAUGCAGCCUGGAAUAAAUGUUAAAAAAAAAACAAAAAAAGGAAUUAAAGCAACUUUAAAGUA